CUGGAGUAAUAAUAUCUUUAGAAGUUACUUAUAUUACUCCACGAACGAAAAUAGAAUUUGGAAAUCCGCACGCGAUUUGACUUCCAGAUCGUCUGAACAGACUGCUGAACAGCUGAAGGAAUAUGGCAGAUUCUGAUGAUUAUUUCAAUUCGUUAGAAGAUGUAAUAGAUUCAGAUUAUGUAAAUUUCACAGAUACAUGGAUGAUGGAAAUGAAUAGGCCUGAUGAAAGUGAUAAUGGUGAAGAUUCAGAUUAUGAAAAUAUCACAGAUACAUGUAUGAUGGAAAUGAAUAGUCCGGAUGAAAGUGAUAAUGGUGAAGACAGCUAUCAAGAUACAGAUGAUUCUGAGCUAGAAUGCGAGUCAGGAGAUGAAGUUGCGGAAAAUAUUGAAGCUGCAGCACAUAGAAAAAGAGGAAGACCAUUUGGGUCUUCUGUUGACUGUCAUCUGAAUUAUCCUGGAGAUGAAACAAUGGAAACUCCUGUGAGAAAAAAAAGAAGAAGCCUGAAAGCACUGACAUCGUUCGCAUACAUGGUUUGCUGUUCAAUGCUUUGCAUAUCAGGAUUGGACAUUAUGACCGCAGAGACAGUUCGAAAUAAUUUUCAAUCCCUGUCUACAAAUGAAAGAAGUCAGUUUAUUCUGAAUUGGCUACAAAGCCAUUCUAGGAUCAAUGAGCUUACUUGCAAGUAUGAGUUCAAGUACCUGAUAGGUACAUCUUCAGUGUGUCUAUCAGCCUUUCUACUGGUUCUUGGAAUCCCCAAAUCAACGUACUAUAGUAUUCAGAAAAAGUUUUAUGAUGGAUCAGUUGUCAUCAAUAAAAUUGGUAAUCGUCUUGGUAGAAUGAAAGCUUCUAGCCAAAGUGCAAUGACAUGGUUGCAUAUGUAUGCAAUCCAGUUUGGUGAGAAAUUACCCAAUCAGGAGAAAAUACACCUACCACCAUGUGUGACCAAAAAGUCUAUUUACAGUGAGAUGGUUGAAUACCAACAUGACAAAGGGGAACCAGAAGUUAUUUCCAUGUCACAUUUUAUGUUACUCUGGAGAACAUGUUUGUGUCAUAUUGCCAUCCCUAAGGUAUCAAGAUUUUCCAAAUGCAAUAAAUGCAUCAAAAUAAAGACAAAACUUUCUUCAACAAGAAGCAAGACAAAAAAGCAAGAACUACAAAGAAGGAGAGAAAAACACUUAAAACAACAAAACAUGGAAAGAAGGAAAUAUUACAAGCAUAUUCAGAAAGCUAAAGAACAACCGGAAAAAUAUUUAUCUGUCAUAAUUGACUCAAUGGACCAAAGCAAAACUCAGCUUCCACACUUCCUGUAUAAAUCAAAGUUUACAGGUAAUAUGUGGAAGCUGAGGGUCCACUUAAUUGGGGUUUUGCUUCAUGGAAUAAGCACAUAUGGAUUUUUUGACUUAUUUGAAUAUCCUCACUCAGCAAAUCUCACAAUCUCAACAUUGAUAAACAUAUUGGCAGGUUUGGAAGACAUCCCACCUGUCCUUUACCUGCAAAUGGACAAUUGUUACAGGGAAAAUAAGAACAGAUUUGUCUUUGGAUUCCUUUCAUUGUUAGUGGAGCUGGGUGUAUUUAAAAAAGUUAAAGUGUCAUUCCUUAUGGUAGGACAUACACAUGAAGACGUUGACCAGGUAUUUUCAAGAUUUUCUUCCUGGUUGGCAAGACAGGCAGUUCUUACAUUGCCCAAACUUAUGAGAGCUUUUGAGUCAUGCACUACUCCAAAUCCAGUGUCAGUUCAAACCUCAAAAGUGUGGGAUACAGCUGGCUGGAUAUCUCAGUAUCUGAACAAAAUGUGUAACCAUUCAUACCCCCACAUAUUUAAGAUAAUCAAGAAAGAUGAGAAAACAAGACUGUUUUACAAAAAAUGGUCAACUGACAAGACUUGGCAAGAACCAGAGGAGCAGCUUCUACUUAGUGUUCCCACAGACUCUCCAAAAAUAAUAAUUCCUGACUACAACAAAAUAGACCUGGCCAAGCUAAAAAACGAUAUCACUGGUUCAUUUUCAUAUUUCAAGAGAGAGGAAGAUAAAAAGUGGUGGACUGAUUUUUUCACAGAUCUUUCUAGUAAUAAUGAAUCUCCUGAAGAAGCAGUGUGGCCAUUAAGUGAUUUAAUUGAGAAAGCCAAGGAAAGAGAUAUGAAAGAAACUUCUGACACAAGACAAUUAAGUGACUCAGAGUUGAGUGAUGUGUCAGAUGAAGAUGAACCAAUUCCUCAGCUUGUUGUUGGAAAGAAGAAAUCUGGUAGCCAAGGGGAUAACAGUACAAUUGUUGUAAGUGUUGGGGAGAUGGUUCUUCUAAACUUAGCAGAAUAUGAAAAGGAGUGGCCUCAAGUUGCCCAAGUGAUCAAUUCUGAUGAGGAGACCUGCAUGAUCCAUUGGUUCAGAGGAUCCCAAACCAAACCAUGGAAGCCAUGUAGUAGAGCGAUACCAGGGAAAAAAGGAAAACGUGAAGCCUGGACACAGACAAUCAAUAUAACAGAAAUCAUAAGGAACAGUUUUUGUUUAACAAAGGGGGGUUUCUUACCUAAAAAUGUAAAAGAGUUUUGUAAAAGUCAUGAACUUCAAGCCAAGAUUUAAGAAUUAUCAAUGCUUAAUAUUAUAAUUUAAUAUGCAUAUUUAUUGGAAAAACAGUUAUUUUAAAUUUUGGAAGUUUAUCAAUAUUAUCAAAAAAUAAAUACUUGCAAAUAACAUGAACAUUAACUUUAGAAACCACAUACCUUAUAAAAUAAUUUUAGAGUAAGCUUAUAUAUUAUGUGUCCUGCAUUUUACCUUCCCAAUUGUUUAGGGAGUUCUUGUCUGUUGAAGAUCCAUUGGUGGCCUUAAGUUGUUUAUACCUUUCGGUUGGUUAGCUGUCCCCAAUUUCCAUUCCUAUUUGAUUAUUCUUGAAUUAAAAAAUUUGGUA